UCCUCUUAUAAAUCAGAGAGUUUGUUAAAGUUAUUCAGUAAAAUCUCUGGUGUUGAUUUUGCUUGACUAGUGAUCAAAAGCACAAAUGGUAUUUUUCUCCAGAAGGCAGUAGUGUCUGCUGGCUGCAAGGCUGUACGUAUGGAGCAUAUUGGUGGAAUGAUGCCUUGACUUGUCUAAAAUGAGUAGGGACCUUUCUGCUGCCUUCAUCAGUCAAAAGUUCAUUGGGAAUGAUGUUUACAUACUUGAAAAGAUCACUCGGGGUCAGUCUGGGUUGCUGUGGAUCAAGUAACAGCAUAAGAAGUUACACUACAGAAAAAAAAUUGUCAAUAUUAAGUGGAUUAAAAAUUGAUGACUAAACGAAAUAAAUGGAGAGAAGUUCCAUGACGCUUUAUGGUGACAUGUUGGGAAGAUUUUUUACUUAGCUUGGUGUAUUCAAUAUCUAUCGAUCCACAGGAAUGUUUGUAGUAGAAUUGCCAUUGUGGGCAGUGUAGUGACAUGCUAAACGAUGGUUUGAUCAGGUCGGCUCUACUGGCUGAUGUAGAUAAGUUGGAAAGAUUCUUAGCUGAAAAAUACUGCAUGUAGCAGAAAAUGAGACCAUAACCCUUGAAAAGCAAAGACUGGGUCUCUUAGUAGGGACUGCACCCUGGAAAAUUAUUGCUUCCAAAAGGAUUUUUGUUUGACUACCAUGAUCCUCAUCAGAAUACACUGCAAUGGCAAUGUUCAGAGAAGUUAUUUUCCUCUGGUCAGAGGCACAGUGCUAUUGGGGUGUUCCAACAGGUAGGUGAGAUGCAGACACUGCACAAUCUGUUUCAGUUCUGCUACUGCUCUGCUUCUCCCCUGUAACGAAUGGCUGGUAACAAUCCACCCAUCGUGCAGUGGUAAAGUUCAAGCCUUGCUCCACAACCUCUCUUCUGCCCUGCCUCCCGCUAGCCCAGCCUACAUCCUGCCUUUUCUGUGCUGCUCAGCUCCACGACUGGCAGCACGGCCUCUCCUCCCUUGCUGCCAAGGGUCUGGGGGAAUGGAAAAAGAAAGCCAGUGAAUGUCGUCCACUUUGUAAAUGCUCUUUUCUUUUCCAACCAUGGUCCUGUCACUCUGUCCCGUGCUAAAGGAGAAGUGCAGAGGGGCAGUGCUGUGAGCCAGGUAGUGGUGUGGAGGGGCAGAUCUGUGGGAUUCAAUACAUCCUGCUCUUUUCCCAGCUGCUUGGAUGUUUGUGCAAGUGUAGGGAAGGGAGGCGUUGCUUUGGUCUCAGAGGUGGUAUAGCAAGACAGGAUGAGAUGGAAAUGAAGAAGCAGAAAAAGUAAAGAAAGAGCUCAGUUUCGGAAGACAACAGCUGGAGGUCUGCCCCUUCACCCACUCCUCCCCAGAAAGGGAGCAGUAGAUUUACAAGCCCGGUGUGAUCCUUGAAUAUGUAAACAGGAAGGAGUCAAGUAGGCUUAGGGAAGAGGCGCUGCCUGUGGGGUGUGGGAAUUCAAGGUUUCCUGGGCAUUGGGGUUUGGUUCCAACAUAGCACGAGGAAAGGUGUGAAAUUCUGAAAGAUUUAAAAAUAGCUCUAAAGAUAACUUGAUCCAGGUAUGGGUUCACAUUCUUCAAAUCAUACUAUUUGCCUUAGAAAUGGCCUUCAAGUAAGUGACUUUCUGAACAGGAAUUUCCUGUUAAAUUUAGUAGCAGUUUAAGCGUGGUCAUCGAAGGAAAGGUGUAAGCCUAGGUUCAACAAAAAAUACUUUGGCAUCUCUGAUUUCAGUGCAAGUUAGGUAUCUAAGUACCUUUGUGGCUGUUUGUAGAUUGCAAACAUGUUUUAACAGCUAUGAGAAUAUCUGGGUAUGUGUAAAGGUCGGUGUAUUACUCAUUUUGGAGGGGCUGUGGGCUGUGUGUUUUUUUUUCCUGUUGUUUGUUUUAUUUGUUUCUAAAAUACAGUUCUCAGUUCUGAGGUAUAUUUAUGGUUAAUGCUGGAGCUGUUAAAAGUUUUGCAGUUAGCCCAAGCCAAAAAAAAUCCACAGCAGCUAAACAAAACCUCCCCCAUGCCUUUUAGAGAAAGCCUUUGAAAAAAAACAGAAAGCAAGGGAGCUGUGCUUGGAGAAGAGAGGAGCAGUGUAAGCUGGUAACGUUGUGUGCUGAACAGUCCAAUAAGUCAAUGAACUAAUGGAUGGGCAUAAUUAACUGCACUUAAAGUACCCUCAAGGUCCCUGAGGUGUGGCUGUAUGACAUUUUGUCUAAGUCCUGGAUGUUAAAGUUGGGAGAUAUUCUUUUCAGGAAGAAACUCAGUCUGAGCUUAGGAGCAAGUUCCACAGUAUUGCUUUUCCUUGGAAGAUAUUUCUCUGCCUUCAUAUUAUUAUUUUUGUUGUUGUUGUUGCCAAGAUCAUUCCUAUAGGUCUCAUCUUCUUCAGUUCAUUUUGGAUGGGAUGGGAAGCGGACGUGUAUUCUUGUAUCAGAUAAUUUCUGGAGAAGCACGGCGUCACUCUUCUUCUGGUUUCAGCCUGAAGAACAGGCCUUCCACAGCCAAAUCAAUAAACCGUGCUUUCUCUUAAGUAUCUGUGAAUGCUAUAUGGAUUUUGUAACUACUUCUUUCACAUUUUCUGUUUGCAGAGUUUUCUUUGCUACAAGAAGGUUAGGAUUAAUUUGAGCACAUCCCCAUGUUUGCAUUGAGCUAGGUCUUGAAACUUCCAUUUAUAGUUGGUGGAAAGACUUAAGUGGUUACAAGGAAUGAUCUGUUUUGAAAACAUAUUUGUGAAAUUUCUCUGGCUUUAAGUGAAGUGGCUUGACAGAGGACUCUUGGAGGUAUUGGUGGGAUUCAAGGCACUUAAAUUUAAAUGUUUACAUGUAUGCACAGUGUUAAUUAUCCUAUUACAGCGAGUGGAAAUCCAACCGAUACUGCCAGUGGAGCCUUGAGCAAAUAGUUCUGGUGGCUGGUAAGCUGAACAGCUUUCUUGGCUGUUUUGACUGGGCUGAUCAGUUUUCUCUUGGCAAUAACGGGAAAUUCAUCACCUCACUCACAUACUGACACCUGCCUUUUGGUGUCUCAAUCCUGUCUUGAGGGCUCCCUUUAGUGAUCCACGUGCAUGCUCUGGGUAUCCCGGCUGACCUUCUAGCAGCCCAAACAGUGUGGGUGAUUCUCCUAAGUUCUGUAUCAUAUCUACCUGCCCCCCCCCAAUCUCUUUAAUCCCCAAGAUACCUAAAAUUGCUCCAGAUACUUGCAUGUAAGCAACAAAGUAGAAUCAGUUGAAACGUGCUUAUACUUGGUCAGGUGAGUUCUACCUGGUGGACAUUAGGGUUGGUGGCAAAUUUGUCGUCAAAUGUGUGAAUCAGGGUUGUGUUUCCCUGGUACAUGUAUUUCCUGGGUCUGACAGCUGUGAGGCCAUCAUGAUAUUAAAAGUUUGCUUUGUACGACCUAAUAAGUAAUAGCAAAUUCUUUUAUUUUUAGAAGCUCAUCUUGGAAGUCUGCUUUGUGAAUCCUCAGGAGGAUUCUUGUGUGUAUUUAAUGGAACACCACAUAAAAUAUGUAACAAAUGUGGAUAUGUACCUUUUCCCUCCCUUCUGAAAGGACUCCCGAUGUGUUUUCCUAUACACCAUUUUUUCUUUUUGUCUUUUUAACUUCUCUUCUCCUCCUGUCUUUCCACCUCAGCCCAUAAUCAUGCUUCACAGUUUUCUUUCCCAAGUCCUGGGCUGUUACCCAGCUCCAUCUCUAAAAAGGCCACCCAGCUGCUUUCUGAGCAGGAAGGAGAUUGUUUUCUCUGGUCAUCCGUGAUUAAUCCACAGCUACUGUGCUUUUUGCCCUGUUUCUGCUUAGGGAUGGUACAAAGCUGUGGCUUUCCUGCUGCCCCUAUUCACACUUGUGCUGAAGGCACAAGGAACGAUGCCUUUAGCUCCUGAAAUUGCCAGCAGCAUCAGCAGGGCUAGGUCAGUAAAACCAAGCUAUUGGUACUGCUCAUCCCUCACAAGACAUGUUGUUGUUCCUGGGGCACGGUGGGGAUAAAUCUAACGCUAAAGACUUUUUUUUUUUUAAUCUCUGGUUUAAAUAGCUCUGUAUGUGGGAAGGAGUCCCUUCUGUUCCCAUGUCUCUUGGUGCUCCUCCCAUUCCAUCCCUUCCUGAGUUUUCCUCUCUGUCCUCUCUGGUUCAAUCCCAGUGUCCUAACUCAGCCUUCUCUUGUUUGGAAGUUGUGCUUUUGUCAUCUUGGCUCAUGGUAGAGCUUAGUUUAUCUUUAGAUGGUGCAGGUUAGCAUUUUGCCUAUACUCUUUUGUGAUGAAGACGCAGGUAUUUGAGUUUUAGCUAAUUAGCAGUUUUCUCUGUUGUCAGUGUGCUUGCUGCCAGGCAACACAAACCCCUUACAAAGUUGGUCUGAAAAAAUAACACGAUGCUUUAGAGACAUAGAGAACUGAAAAGGACACAGUGUUUUUCAGAUAUUUUAUCCUUAUAAAUCAAAUAAACCAGACAUUUUAAAAUCUGGAAGAAGGAAAGAAAAAAAAAAAAAAGGCUAUGUUCUGGUUGUGUAUGCCAAAUUUCACCCUGGGGCACCAUAUUCAUGUAUCUCUGUUGUAAAACAAAUAUAGUGGAUGGCUUGGUUAUAUAGUUGUUAAAUUGUUGGUUAAAUUGUUACAGCUUGGCACUCUACCAGAGGUAUUGUAGCUAAACCCCAGAUGACACAUAAGCCAUGAGCUACUAAUGGAGUCUUUCUUUUCUGGAGAUGUAAGUGUUACUGCUCCGCUGGAAGAUGUUAGGAAGAUUACUUUCCUAGACCUAAACAACCGUUUUCUCUGUAAUACGAGCCAAAAAUGCUCCAUCUGGAUGAGAACUUCACGCAAGCCUGCCAUGACUGACAUCUUGGUCCCCAGAAGAUGGCAGGGAAGUGUUUAAGAGGAAGAUUAGUUUUAUUUCAUCAUAUGCCAAAACUACGCUUAAUAAAUCAGAAAGCAUCAAAGAGAAGUAGCUGAUGGCAGACUCACAGCAAAGGUGGCGGUUCUUCCCACAAGAAAAGAGAGUUUGAUGUGGAUAACUUGAGCAAGCCAGAAUUGCGGAUGCUUUUGAGUAUAAUGGAAGGAGAACUAGAAGCACGAGACCUUGUAAUUGAAGCUUUGCGGGCCCGGCGUAAAGAGGUUUUUAUCCAGGAACGAUACGGAAGGUUUAAUCUGAGUGACCCAUUUCUGGCUCUGCAGAGAGACUUUGAGGCAGGUGCUGGUGAUAAAGAAAAGAAGCCAAUCUGCAUGAACCCUCUCUCCAUUUUAGAGGCCGUUAUGGCUCACUGCAGGAAAAUGCAAGAAAGAAUGUCAGCUCAGUUGGCUGCUGCUGAAAACAGACAAAAGAAGCUGGAAAUGGAAAAAUCUCAGUUACAGAAUCUUGAGCUGGAGCACAAAAAGCUAUCUGCUCGUCUUGAAGAAGAACGUGGCAAGAACAAGCAUGUAGUAUUGAUGCUAGUGAAAGAGUGUAAGCAGUUGUCUGGACGAAUAGUAGAAGAAGCCCAGAAACUGGAAGAAGUGAUGUCAAAAUUUGAAGAGGAAAAGAAAAAGGCUAGUGAAUUGGAGGAGUCUCUUGCAGCUGAGAAACAAAGGAGUACACAAAUGGAGGCUCAGAUGGAAAAGCAGCUGUCUGAGUUUGACACAGAGAGAGAGCAGUUGCGUGCCAAACUUCAUAGAGAGGAAGCACACACCAGUGACCUCAGAGAAGAAAGAGAUAGAAUGAUAAAAAUGAUUGAGCAAUUAAAGAAGGAGAAUGACAGUAAAGCUAAUCUUUCUCUUAAAAACAAAGAUAAAAAUAAAGAUAGAAGCCUUGUUUCUGUUUCUGUUGAAACAGAAGAGCUGAGUUCAAGAACCAUUGCCUGCCAAACAGAUCCUGUAGUGACAGACAGUAGCACUGAGAAUACUAAGAAGUUGCCUUUGACUGUAUCUGUGAAGCCUUCCACAGUGAACCCGCUAGUGUCUGGCAAUACAAAAACGAAUGUGUGUGCCAAUGCAGCACUUGUGAAACCUGUCAUUGAUAGGCAGUCUUCACAUAAUGAACUUGUCCCUCCUGCAACUCCUGUUCCUACACACAGUCAAAACAGAACUGAGGAAAAUGGACCAAGUACAGGCUCAUCACCUGAUUUACCAAGUAGCACUUCCCCCUUUCCAAAUAGUACUUCCCUUUGCACUCCUUCCACACCAACUGUCACAACUCAGAAUCACUCAGUAACUUCAUCUAUGCACAGUUUGCAUUCACCGUCUGCCAAUGCUACUGGCCAUCCAGGCCUAAAUCCACGAGUCCAAGCAGCUAGGUUUAGAUUUCAAGCAAAUGCUAACGAUCAAGACCAAAAUGGAAACACAACCCAAAGCCCUCCCUCAAGGGACGUAUCUCCUACUAGUCGUGACAACCUAGUUGCCAAGCAGGUAGCUCGGAAUACUGUCACCCAAGUCCUUUCAAGAUUUACCAGCCCUCAAAGCGGCCCUCCGUCGCGGCCUGGGACAUCACAUUCAAUGGAAGUUGGCACUUACCCCCCAGUCGGUAGAAUGAAUUUAAAGACGCCUAGUGUCUCAAGAAUUGACAGAGGAAAUCCUCCGCCCAUUCCUCCUAAAAAACCAGGGCUUUCGCAAACUCCUUCUCCACCACACCCACAGCUUAAGGUUUUAAUGGAUAGUAGUCGAUCCCCAAAUACAAGUGUAAAAACUGACAGCAAAACCGUGACCUCACCUCUUUCAAGUUCACCACAAGGAAUCAGGGUAAUAAAUGAGGAAAUUAUUUCUAAGUCCUCACCUCAGCUGCCACCAAAACCUGCUAUAGAUUUAUCUGUGGCACCUGCAGGCUGUGCCAUACCAGCCAUAGCCACAUCUCAGGUGGGUGCCUGGCCUUCCCACUUCCCUGGACUGAACCAAUCUGCAUGUUCAGAAAAUUCCUUUGUCAUUCCCACCACCAUUGCCUGUAGCUCCUCCAUAAACCCUGUUAGUGCUUCAUCCUGUAGACCAUGUGAUUCAGACAGCCUCCUGGUAACAGCAUCAGGCUGGUCUUCCUCCCUAACCCCUUUGUUAACAAGUGGUGGUCCUGUCCCCCUGGGUGGCAGGCCCACCCUUCUUCACCAAGCUGCUGCCCAGGGAAAUGUCACUUUAUUAUCAAUGCUGCUUAAUGAAGAAGGACUGGACAUUAAUUACUCUUGUGAAGAUGGCUAUUCUGCCUUGUAUUCUGCUGCUACGAAUGGACAUACAGAUUGCGUGAGAUUGCUGCUGACUGCAGAAGCACAAGUUGAUGCUGCUGAUAAAAAUGGCUUUACACCCUUGUGUUCAGCAGUUGCUCAGGGACAUGUCAAGUGUGCAGAAUUAUUAAUUAUGUAUCAGGCUGAUAUUAACCAUGCUGCUGAAAGAGGACAGACACCUUUGUACCUGGCUUGUAAAAAUGGAAAUAAUGAUUGUAUUAAGCUCUUGUUGAAAAGAGGAGCAGAUCGAACAGUAAAAACCAGUGAUGGCUGGUCACCCAUUCACGCAGCAGUGGAUUCUGGUAAUGUUGACAGUCUCAAGCUCCUGAUGUACUAUGGAGAGCCAAACAAUGGGAACUCUUUACCUGAUAUAGAGCCUAAUUCAGACUACUUUGAUUUGGAGAAGAGAGAAGAUGGCUGUGGCAGUAGAGGAAAACCUGUUAUUUCUGCAGAUCUCAUCAACCAUGCUGACAAAGAGGGUUGGACUGCUGCUCACAUUGCAGCAUCAAAAGGCUUUAAGAACUGUCUAGAAAUCCUUUGUAGCCAUGGUGGACUAGAGGCUGAAAGAAAAGAUAAGUGUAACCGAACAUUGCAUGAUGUUGCUACUGAUGACUGUAAACACCUCCUAGAAAACUUAAAUGCUCUUAAUGUACCUGUAAGGAUUUCAGUCAGUGGCAUUGAACCAGCCCAUUGUGGUACAGAGGAAUUCGAUACAGAAAACACAAUAUGUGCUUUAAAUAUCCGCAAACAGACAUCAUGGGAUGAUUUUUCCAAAGCAGUAAAUCAGGCAGUGACAAAUCAUUUCCAAGCAAUCACUUCUGAUGGAUGGAGGAGCCUAGAAGACCUGUCAUAUAAUAGUGCUGCAGAAUCCAGCAUUGGCCUCAGUGCAAGCAGUAUAUUAUCUGUCAAACUAGGAAACAUUUCAUGGUCAACAGGUCAGAAUUUUUCCCAACCACCAUGGGACUUCCUGAAGAAGAACAGAGCUGAACAUAUCACAGUGUUUUUGUUUGGACCUCAAGAAGGCUGCCUAAAUAGUGUGACCUAUGCAUCUAUGAUCCAUCUUCAGACUCUUCAGAAUUACCUCCGCCUGGUUGAACAAUACCGUAACGUCAUCUUCCAUGGUCCAGAAGGAAGUUUGCAAGACUACAUAGCAUAUCAGAUAGCGGCCUGCAUGAAGCAAAAACAAGUGGCUGCAGGAUCUACAUGUGAUAUCAUUAAAGUGGAAGUGGAUGCUGGUUUCUCCAAGGAGCAGCUUGCAGAACUGUUCAUCAGUAGCGCAUGUCUUGUCCCAGUUAAACAGCCUCCUGUAAGCAAGACAACCAUCGUGAUUUUAGAAAAUCUAGAGAGAGCUUCUUUAUCUGAAUUACUAGGAGAUUUCCUGGCACCUCUUGAGAAUCGUAGUUCGGAAAACCCUUGCACUAUUCAAAGAGCAAAUGGAGCUUCUGGUGCCUUUUACUUUCAUGAAAACUGCUUUUUACUGGGAACGAUAGCGAAGUGUCAUCUUCAUGGCUCUGACCUGCUAGUCCAGCAGCAUUUCCGUUGGGUUCAGCUUAGGUGGGAUGGGGAACCAAUGCGUGGUUUGCUUCAAAGGUUUUUGAGAAGAAAAGUUAUAAACAAGUUCAGAGGCAAAGUACCUCCUCCAUGUGAUCCUGUGUGCAAGAUCAUAGACUGGAUUCUUGCUGUUUGGCACCAGCUGAACUCUUGCUUAUCUCGUCUUGGAGCACCUGAAGCUCUUAUGGGGCCAAAACAUUUCUUCUCUUGUCCAGUGGUGCCAGGGCACGGCCAAGCAACAGUGAAGUGGAUGUCCAAGUUAUGGAAUGCUGUGAUAGCUCCCAGAGUCCAAGAAGCAAUACUCUCCAGAGCCUCUGUGAAGAGACCAUCUGUACCAGGACAAACAAUAGCCAAAAAAAAUCCCAGUCAAGGUCAACAGGCUGUUGUUAAAGCUGCUCUCAGUAUCUUGCUAAAUAAAGCUGUGUUACAUGGCUGUCCUCUACCCAGAACAGAGUUAGAUAAUUACAUAGCAGAUUUUAAGGGUGGAAACUUUCCUUUAUCCAUGGUCUCAAGCUACAAAAAUUGUGGUAAGAAAAGAGGAGAAAAUGCUUCUUGGAGAAAAGUGAGUACAAGUCCUCGCAAAAAGUCAGGCCACUUAUCCUCCCAGUCAUGGAAUAAACAAGAGACAAAUACUGAAGGUGUAAAAUCUAAGACUAUGUUGCAACCAAACUGUAAGAAAAGAGCUUCUCUUGCCACAAAGUCUUCAGAGAAUGAUCAAUUGAGAACAUUAAAUCUAGAGCAAAGGCUGUCCCUUGGUUCUGAUGAUGAAGUAGAUCUUGUGCAGGAACUUCAAAGUAUGUGUUCCAGCAAAUCUGAGCCUGAUAUAAGCAAGAUUGCAGAUUCUAAGGAUGCACUACUGAUGUUCAACAACUCUCAGAACAAUCCUGUAUUUUCAGCAAGUGGUACUAACCCAAGUAAAACAACGAAACAAAAGGAUGGAACCCGUCCUCUCAGCAGCAGUCGAACUGUAGAAAGCAGCAACAGUAAAGCAAAGACAGAGCUGGGUGGUUCAAGAGUUAAAUCUUUUCUUCCUGUACCUAGAAGUAAAAUCACCCAGCCUUCUCAGAAUACUAAAAAAAGCAGCAGCAGUAAUACAAGGCAAAUAGAGGCAGAUAACAACACAAAAAGAGAGAUUUGGAAUUUGCACAAAAAAGAACAAAUAGAAAAAUCUAAUAAAUAAACCUGCCUACCAUACAAUUUUCUGUGUUCACAUAAUCUCUAUUGCAAAGAACCAAGUACUCAAAUUUGUAAAUACUUUUUUAAAAUAAACUGUUUCCCUGUAAUGUAAAGUUUGUACAGGACCACAGUUUUGUUUGUAUGUAAAUCAGCUGGAAAUUAUAUUGUUUUAAAUGUCAAAAACUGGCAGUUUUGCCACCUUCAUAGAUUUCUUUUCCUGUUAUGAAAAUGACUCUUGUUUAAAUGAUAAUAUUCAGGGGUAUUACCACAAGAUUCUGUUUGUGUAUAUACUGUACAUAAAUAUAUUCUAUUAAGUUCACGUGUUAAAUUACAUUCAGAUGAGUUGCACAAUAUGUACAGUACUGGCUUAAAGCUAUUGUACAUGCAUUUUAAAGACAUGUUUUUAUCUUCAGUUAAUGAAAAAUUAAUGGAAUGUGGCAAUAACUAAAAUGAUCAGAAGUGCAGAUCAGUUACUUUCAGCUACAAGCCAUAUUAAAUACUUUGAUUUCCCCAUCAUCUGCCUGCUGAAUUGCAAUUCUGUUUCUCCCAAGCUUCUCUUCAUCUUAAAUGUUAUGAAUUUGUGUUACAACUUUUAUCUUUCAAAAAAGGAAAGAGAUUGAGAAAUUAAAAUGCAAUAAAAGUUAUUUUUCUCAGACUCUUAUUCUUUGAUAAAUUGAAGAAAAUGUGGUCAUUUAUUAACUUAGUUUUUCUUGUAUACUGUAAAAACAAAAAAUUAUAUGCUUCAUUAGUGUUUUUUAAAGUACACAAGAAAUAAUAGUGUUUUAUGGAAACAAAUUUUACUGAAAAGGAAUUUGAGCACAAGCUUAACUACAGUAUUACAAAAGAGAAUGGAGUAGUGAUAACAUGAGUUAUUAUGUAAUUAUCAAUUUCUAUUGUGGAUUUAAGAUGUAAUUGCUGUGAAAUGAUACUUGAGUUGCAGUUAAAAUGAAGUCUUUUUCAUUUUUCCCCACUACAGAGGCAGAACAUUUUCCCAGGACAGAGUCUCGAUGAAGGGAAUAUUUCCCCAGUCUCUCCUUAUGGUAGUACAGUUAUUUACUUGUGCAUUGUUAUAACGUGGCAACACUCGCUGUCUAGAUACCUCAUUAGAUAUGUAGAGGAACGUGUAGAGUUAUCUUGAGGUCAGACUUAGUUGCCUUCUGUUGAGUUACUAGGAGAUGGUCUUGAGAGCUAUGGACAUGGUCACGCCUAUAAUUUACACAGUAGCUUUUUUCUCAAGAUAAAUCUGAAAGAGGAAAAAAUGACAAAACUGUUUCCUACCAGUUCACCUUUAUAUGUAAAACAGUCAUCCCAAACUCAUGUCAAUAAAAUUUUUGUACUGCAUAGUGUCUA